CCGGCAGUACUUCCGCAAUGUAUCUGCUGUUGGUGUUUAACUGUCUUUGGGUGUAGCAAGAAUGACCGGUGUGCUGCGGCAAUGGACGGUAAAUCUGUGAAAGCGAUACUGUUUGACUUGGACAACACGCUCAUUGAAACAAGUCGGGCAGGUAGAGUGGCCAUACAAAAGACCAGUGAACUUUUGAAGAGCACCCUGGCCCUUGAAGACAAAACCAUCAGCAGCAUUUGUGACAAGUUCCAACAGAAGCUUUUCCAUGAGCACUUCGACCCGUCAGCCGGCAGAUCCAUCGAUGAGGUCCGGGUGGGUCACUGGGAGGAGAGCAUACAGGCCCGCAUCCAGGAAGCUGGGGGCAGUUGUUCCACACCCUCAUUGGCCGCUAAGUGCUACUACCUGUGGAAAAAGAGUCGCCUUGAGGUUCUCAGUCUGUCCCCUGAGAUCUGCAGUCUCCUGAAACAACUGCGCGGCAGAUACAAGCUGCUGCUACUGACCAAUGGGGAAGCUCGCACUCAGAGGGAGAAAGUGGAGGCAGUUGCAUGCGAGGAGUUCUUCGAUGCCAUCGUGAUCGGGGGAGAACACGCGGAGCAAAAACCAUCCGCCUCCAUCUUCACUUUGUGUUUCAAGAUGCUGGAGGUGGAGGCCCAGGACUGUAUCAUGGUGGGAGACUCUCUGGACACAGAUAUUCAGGGGGGCUUUAACGCUAGAGUACGGGCUACCGUUUGGAUCAGGAGUGAAGGGGGCCCUGUGCCCGAUGGUUCAGUGAAACCAGUCUACACUAUCCCUACUGUCUUGGACCUGCCAGAUAUUCUACAACAACUACAAUAAGGACAACUAGUGAUUGAAACAGUGUGUAAUACAAGUGAAUAAAUGGCCUCCAUAGUUUAAAAAAAAAAAUCUCGUCAUUUAAUUCUUAAGAAGUCAAUCUCAUUAGCGUCAGUGAGCCAAUAAUCAUGCUUCUACCAAGAUCCAAUGUAGGAAAAACUCUGCGUUAAGUGGGCUCACGUAGUGAGUGCCGUAAUAUCCUUUUUUUGUUAAAAUGGAUUUCAUAAAAUUUGUAUUGGUAAAUCUGUUGUUCAAGAACCUCUAUCAAAGUUACAGUAUUGGUAUCAAACUUUUUGGAAUGAUA